AUGGCCAAGACGCCACCAAAUGAAGAUACGAGCAUGUCAGGAGCGUCAGAAACCUGUAAUGCGUGUCGUCGGCGUGAGCAAAUAGCCAAGAAGAAUAAGAAGAAUAAGAAGAAGAAGAAUAAGAAGAAGAAGAAGAAGAAGAAGAAGACGAAGAAGGCUCUCCCUCACCACCGUGUCAACCACACCAACCCCGCCCCUCAGGCUUCAGCUCCUACACCAGCUCCUAGACCUCAAAUCAGCAAACCACAAAUCGCCAAACCAGUAAUAACUUUCGGUCUUAAAGUCUUGGAUCUCAUCAUUCGCGAUACGAUGCAACUUCAAGCUCCUAAAUAUCCAGAUGGUGACCGCAAUGGCCUUGCAAAGCACGAGAAAAUGUCCAAGCUGGUGCUCUUCCAGGCUGGCAUCCCCCAACGACAACUUCACGCUCUCAACGAAACCCCAGCCGUGAAGAAGCCUAGAAUGCAGAUCAAAACUAAAGGCCCUAUGAUUCCAACAGAGUACAACGUCAGCAGUACAUUCAAAUUCACCAAGCUGCCCGCAGAAUUGCGAAUCAUGAUUGAGCAAUCGGUGUUCAUAGAGAGCAGUGGCAAGAAACCGAAGUUGUUCUGGCGCUGA